AUGUCCUACGCUCACUUACCUUACUUGUAUAACAAUGUAUAUUACCCCUAUUACUAUCACCCCCUUGAUUACGCAUAUUAUUAGCCCUACUCUGUAGUUGAACCAAUGAUUGACUAAUAUAGCUCCUACUACUCUCCGCAUUAUUAAUAUGAACUAUACAACUAUACUAAAGACCGAUAUGAUGACUAUGUCAGAAAUAAAUCGCUUAAAGAACUUGAUGAAAUCAAAUAGAUGAGAGACAAAAUAGAUAAUCUGGCUAAGCAAGCAAAGGAAAAGGAUUUGAUUAUAGAUGUGGAAUCUCGAAGAUUACAAAAGGAGAAGGAACUUGUUUUAAUGAGAUUAAAUGAUGCCAAAAGAAAAGAAGAAAUUGCACUACUGGAGAAAGAAAGGUUAGAAGACGCUAAAAGAAAUCUUAAUCUCAGAUAUGCAUCCAUUCCAAGAAGAAAUGAUCUAUAUCCCCAUCCAUAUUUUAGGGAGUUCUAUGGGGGGCCUGUGCAUGCUGUUCCUCCAGUUAUAAAUAAUACAAUCUGCAGAAAUGGUUGCUUAGAUGCUCAUGGAUGCAGUUGUAAUCAUGGUCAUUAUGGUCAUGGUCAUGGAUGUCAUCAUGAUCACGGGUCGCAUACUUAAACUCCAAUGCGAUGUAGAAGUUGUUACAAAGAAAAGACUACAUAUAUAUUGCCACCUAUCAGAAACUCACUUGGAGGUUCAUUCUCCGUAACUAAGCUCGCACCUAAUAACUGA